AUGACGGAUUUCAAAUUCGCAAACUCUUCCGAAAAGGUUCCUGGUGACGGGAACCUCCCCGCCGAGUUCUCCAUUAAAGCGAGCCCUUCAACCGACAUUUGGGCCAAGCCUCCUUCCACAGAGUCUUUCAACGCACCCAUCCUGUACAAAAGCGUGCCAGUGCAAUCCUUCAAGAGGGCCAGGGUCGCAUUCAAUGCCCUCUGGAAACACAAGUACGACCAGGGAGGCGUGAUCCUGGUCCUCAAUGGUGCUGAUGGAACUCGAAAAUGGGUCAAGUCCGGUAUUGAGCUUGCCAACGGCAGGCCACACCUGAGCACUGUCGCCAAGGACCGUUGGGCGGACUGGAGCCUGCAGCCUGUGCCGUCAGGUGGUGGAGCGGCCACCCUGGAGAUUGUCCGAGAGUCGGAUAACAGCUUAUGGAUCUAUCUGGUUGAGGGCGUUCAAAAGUCUCCCCUUCGAGAGGUGACCUGGUUCUUCGAAGACACAAACGUGCAAGACCUUUGGAUUGGACUUUAUGCAGCGAAACCCUCGGGUGAAAAGGAGGAUCUGGUAGUCAACUUCGGCCACUUGAUUAUCGAAUCGGCUGAGUAA